AUGGCAACGCCCUUAUGCCAAUCACAGGACGCUGAGAUGGAUCCAGCCUGUGACGAUGCCAGUAGCAACAGCUCAGACUCUGGCUACGAAACCAUCUGUAUAACGUCUCCGAUGCAACCAAAACCAGAGGAAAAGCAGACUGCAAAACGACCACCUUUCGUUCGCAUCCCGGAGCUUUUCGGUUCCAUCAUGUCCACGAAACUUGUUGUCAAUCCCAACUACUUUGAGGUAAAGGCUGUCGGGGACCAAUGGAUUGCAAGAAUAGUCUUGCGAAGUGGAGUCGUUCUCAGCCCGAAACUAACGCACCGAGCUUUGUCCGGUAGUGUCAUGAAGUACGACGAGGCGGAAGCAGCAAAGAACUCCAAAGUUGAUCUGUGUUUCCUGGCAUCAAUUUGGUCACCGAUUGCCUCAGAAGACCGCCUGAAAAUCAUGUUGGAUUGGCAUCACUGGGUAUUUCUUUUCGACGAUCAGUUUGAUGAAGGACACCUCAGGGAGGAUCCGACCGCUGCUGCGGAGGAGAUCAGUCAAAACAUAGCCAUCAUGGGCGGCGAUGCGCCUCGCUACACUGCCGAUUCCAAUCCCAUUAGAUAUGUGUUUCAGAGAUGUUGGGAUGCCAUCAGCGAAGUAUCCAGUCUAGAGAUGCAAAAUCGAUGGAUUGAUCAACACAAGCGUUACUUUGCACAACUACUCGUGCAGGUCGACCAACAAGUCAGCGGCCAAAACUUCACACGCGACGUAGAUGAGUACAUGAACAUGCGCAGAGGCACAAUUGGCGUCUACCCAGCCAUCAACCUGACCGAGUACGGCUCAAACAUCAACUUACCACAGCAUGUGUACGAGCACCCAAGCCUGCAGGAAUGCAUGACUGUCUCGGCAGACCUGGUGAUAUUAGUGAACGACGUCUUGUCUUACCGCAAAGACCUGGAGUUAGGCGUAGACCACAACCUGAUUUCGCUGCUCAUGGAGAAAGACGGUCUCAGUAUCCAGCAGGCAAUGGACGAAAUUGGUAAAAUGGUAAACCAAUGUUACCGAAGAUGGUACCUUGCUCUGGCAGAGCUGCCGUCCUAUGGAGAGAAAGUCGACCGCGAAGCUAUGAGAUUUGUGGAGGUUUGCAGAGCGUUGGCGCAAGGUCGUUACUUAGGCCGCGAGGGCCACGUUGUCCACGAAACAGGCAUCAUUCAUCUUCCGCCCGCAUAA